AUGGCAGAAAACCCAACCGGACUUUUGCAAGUGGCGGGACCCGAAGAUGCUGUCGUUGACAUUGUUUUCGUCCAUGGAGUCACAGGAGGUCGGGAGAGUGAUUGGACCAGCAAAAACAACACCUUUUGGCUUGAGACAUUUCUUCCUCAGAGUAUACCAAAUGCACGUAUCUUGACAUGGGGAUACUCUAAGAGAUACCUCUCCGAUGAAGGGUGGAAUACUGCGGUGUUAGAUCAUACAAUAGAAAUGUGCAAUGGUCUGAUAGAGACGCGGACGCAUACGCCUUAUCGCCCAAUCAUCUUUGUCGGACACAAUAUUGGAGCCUUAAUGUGCGCAAAUUUCCAACUUGUUGGUGGACAUUACCAAAGAAUUUUCGGAUCCAUAGCGGAUUGUGUCAGAGGCAUCAUCUUUUUGGGAACGCCAUGCACAGCGUUUACUGAGAAAGAAGCGAGAGCUUGGCAACGUAGGUUGUUAAGUCUUUCGAUUGAGCUUUUCCACGACUACCCAUCAAAUGAUUUCUAUUUUCCAUCUAAGUUCAUCUUAGAUGGUUUUUGGGGACUCAGACAAAGGAUAAACACGUUUUCGUUUUAUGAGGAGGACGGUAUUGCUUCAUUAGGGAAGGUAACUACCAAAGACAUGGCAACGCCCCCUGACAAAUCAUUCGAGCCUCUUUCGAUUCCUGGCAAUCAUAUAACCAUGUGCCAAUUUGACUCGAGCGAUGAGCCAGGUUAUAUCAUGAUAAAAUGGCUCCUGCAAAAAUGGAUCAGAGAGCUACCAAAGCCUACGUCUGGAGGCCCGGCUGAUCCAACAGAGCCGUCCCUCUUGACUAAAGUCCCGGCACUUGAUACUCCUGCAGAACUUCAUAUACUCCACGAACUUCUGGGACUAUCUACUAAAGAGGAUAUCCCAAUUUCCGAAGAUGAUAUCGAUAUUUUUGAAGAUGCUAUUAAAACUUUCGAAGAUAAUAUCAGUAUUUCUGAAGAUGACAUAAGUACCUCCGAAGGGCCAAAAGGACGAUUAAAUCCCCUUCUUUCCCCUGAAGCUAUCCGGUGGCUGGUUUCAAAAGACCUAUUGAGCUCUAUUCAGCAGGGACGCCUUACCAUCUCAACAGCGCCUCUUCUAGAGUCGUUCAAAAUCUCCACGACAGAUUCAUCUUCUACCGAAGGAAGCUGGUCUUUGUCCGAGGAUGACAAACCUUUCUUGCGCAGUGUCGAUAUUCCAAUUCGUCUCUAUAGUCUCGAAACAUACGAAUUUCUUGGUUACGAGUGCAAGGUUGCUGAAAACCUUUGGGAUGUCUUCAAUUCCUCACUGAAUCCAUCGUUCUCUUUGUUGGAGGUUUCGAAAGCGUAUCUUGAAGACAAUCCCGAAUCUCAUGCGAACUUUGAAUACGACUGUAAUAACUUCAUGGCCAAGAUUGGAAUCUGCGAUAGUCUGCGAAACUCAGUACUCGACUGGCACUUUGAAAACAUUCGACUCACAAGAAGCUGCGAGUUCUGGCUGCGGACUUCAUUUGAGGUCAGGUGGCAAGAGCUGCAAGCGCUUAAUGAGGAUAUUCUCAAAGUUAUGAAGAGAACGGCUUCGACCGGCGAAAAGCCUGUGGAGCCGAUAUCAUCGGUUCCAUCCCGUGAAAAGCCUGUGGAGUCGAUACCAUCGGUUCCGUCUCGUGAGCUCGGCACUAACACCAAGAAAACCCAAUCUUCUGAACACCAUGACACAGUACACGGGCUCGUUGAACAACACACAGGUAAGCGGGGAGAUCAAGGACCUACGACAAGUACAACUUCAGCUACCACGGCAACCGAACCUAAGAAUGAAGAAGUAACCCUGUGGCGGGGGGGGCUCAAGAGAAAGUAUCGAGGACGCCAAUGA